GUCCAUAGAUUUUUCAAAUUCGAAAUCGUAUAUUUGACAUAGAUAAAAUUGCCAGGACAGUGCGAAAAGUCACAUUUUCCCCUAAGAGGAAUAUAAGCAUGCGAAUUUUCUUGUCUUAGUUCACAGAUUAUUCCGUGCCGAGAAACAAUUUUUAGUUGUGAAUUAAAUUUUAGUUGCGUGUGGUUUCGUAAGUAAUCACAAUCGUACAUCAUUUUCCCCUUGAUACACGUGGAAAAAUCUGAUUCGAUGUUUACGCUGUCUUUCCUGAAUAAAUACAACCAACACGAGUGACGAAUAAACACGCCUCAGGAUUUUCUGUUGAACCAAUGUGAAAAUUUUUGUUUGUAACUUGUUCGUAAUCAGUAUUCCAUUAUGAGGUUAUGUGUCGUGUUUGCUGUGCUGUUUUUCGUUGAAGCCGUCGUCGGACAAUUUGCAACCGUGCGAAGGAAGAGUGGUGUAGUGAAAGAUGACGAAGAAGACGAUGUUUUUGUAGCUACUGAAGAAUGGCAAACAGUGAAAAAAGGCCAGUCUGUACCAAGUGGGCUUCAUGUGAGACUAAAUCUGGAGACAGGAGAGACAGAAGCGAAACUUCUUGAUCCAAGUGAGAGACCAGGGGCUACUGCUGUUGCACCUGUAUAUGAUGAAGCAGCUAAGGAUGAAAACUCCGAUAUUACCGAAAAUAAAGAACGAAUUAGGGAGUCUAUUUUGAAUAUAGAAAGUGUUGAAGAUUCUAUAACAACAGAAGAGGACAUUGAACGAGUGCGGAAGAGAUUUAGAUCCUAUGAUGAAUUGAAAAAGAAAUUUGAAGAAUUAAACUUGAAUAUAAAAACUGAUCUAGAAUUAUUGAAUGAGUUGCUUGCAAAGUUCAGAGCAAGUGAACUGAAAGAGGAUGAAGGUGAAGAUGAAUUAAUAGCCAUUUUGACUGAUCUAGAAUAUAUGGUGCACCAAGUGGACAAUGCAAAGGAAUUUGUUCAAGCAGGAGGGAUUUUGGAGAUACUGCCAUUGCUGAAUGCCACCUCUCCGCAACUACGUUCAGUCGCAGCACACUUAUUGGGCUCAGCAGCGCAGAGCAAUCCUAGAGUGCAGAUAGCUCUGCUAGAGGCAGGUGCACUUACAGCACUCGUUCGUGCUGUUGCACUAGACACAGAUCCCACAGUUCGUUCUCGUGCACUGUUUGCCUUAUCUUGCCUUAUUCGCAAUUUUCCAAUUGCUCAGGCACAGUUUGUAACUGAAGGAGGUUUGUCAGGCCUUGCAGAAUUGUUUGCUGGUGGUGAUAGCCAUGACAAACUAAAACUCCAGCUGAAAGUUGCAACUCUGCUGCAAGAUCUACUGCAAGAACGUACCGAUGCUCUUAUGGCUGAAGAUAAACAGAGAGAAGAACGAAUAAGGCAGUAUGAACAAGCUGGUUUGGAGGCUCAUCUCUCAGAACAAGGCUGGUGCCGGAGGGUUGUCCAGUUGCUAGCAAGCCAGGCUCAAGUUCCUGCAGAAGGCUUCAAUAAGGUUCGGCGGGAUGACUUCAGUUCUGCAGUAUCCCAGGAAGUGCCUGUUUUAACACACCAUGAUGCUGUAGAGAAGGCUGCAGGCGCAGUGCUUGCAUUGGCACGAGGACCAUGUCAGAAAGAAUAUCGCGGAAACAGUCGGCUAAUUUCAGUAAUUAAUGAACUCCGUGUGUGGUACAGUGAACUAGCAUCACGAGAGACACAGCCAGAUGGACAGUACUUCUCUGGUCUUUUUGAGCUUUUUGAUCAACUUAGUAUUGAAGUUGGAAUCAAAACUGGAACUAAAGAUGAACUUUGACUGUGAUUGAGUGUGAAAUAAAUUGUGCAUUAUAUGAAA